CACAAUGCUGGGUGCUGCUGGUCUGCUCCUCCUGGUGGCGUUCGCCACCCUUCUCGUGUGGGACUACUUCUGGCGGAAGCGGCGCAACGAUAUGCUGCACUACAUGCCCGGACCACGCCCACUGCCCCUGCUGGGAAACCUGCUCAUGUACCGCGGGCUCAACGCCGAGCAAAUCAUGGACUUUGUGGCCAAGAACCAGCGCAAGUACGGCCGCCUAUACAGGGUGUGGGUCAUCCACCAGCUGGCGGUGUUCUCGACGGAUCCGCGGGACAUCGAGUUCGUCCUGAGCAGCCAACAGCACAUCACGAAGAACAACCUGUACAAGCUGCUCCACGGCUGGCUGGGCGAGGGGUUGCUGAUGAGCACGGGCAGGAAGUGGCAUGGUCGCCGCAAGAUCAUCACGCCCGCGUUCCACUUCACCAUCCUGGAGCAGUUCGUCGAGAUCUUCGACCAGCAGAGCGCCGUGAUGGUGGAGCAACUCCUGCCGAAGGCCGAUGGCCAGACGCCCCUCAACAUCUUCCCCGUGGUGUGUCUCACUGCGCUGGAUAUAAUUGCAGAAACUGCGAUGGGCAGCAAGAUCAAUGCCCAGAUGAACCCCAAUCUGCCCUACGUCCAGGCUGUCAAUGAUGUUACCAACAUCAUGAUCCAUCGAUUCAUCAACGCCUGGCAGCGCGUGGACUGGAUAUUCCGACUGACCAAGCCCGCGGAGGCCAAACGCCAGGAUGCGGCCAUCAAGGUUAUGCACGACUUCACCGAGAGCAUCAUCCGAGAGCGGCGGCAAGCGCUGGUCAGUAGUUCCCAGGACAGAGCAGCAGAGCAGGUCGAGCAGGUAGAUGAUCUCGGCCAGAAGCGCCGCAUGGCCCUGCUGGAUGUGCUGCUGCAGUCCACCAUCGACGGAGCGCCGCUGAGCGACGAGGACAUCCGUGAGGAGGUGGAUACCUUCAUGUUCGAGGGCCACGACACGACCACCUCGGCCAUUUCCUUCUGCUUGUACGAAAUCUCCAGGCAUCCGGAGGUGCAGCAGCGCCUGCUGCAGGAGAUCCUUGAGGUUUUGGGCGAGGAUCGAAAGAGGCCCGUCACCCUGCGUGAUCUUGGUAAUCUGAAGUACCUGGAAAACGUGAUUAAGGAGUCUCUGCGUCUGCAUCCGCCAGUGCCCAUGAUCGGGCGCUGGUUCUCCGAGGAUGUGGAAAUACGCGGCCAGCGCAUUCCUGCGGGCACCAACUUCACCCUGGGCAUUUACGUCCUGCUGCGCGACCCGGAGUACUUCGAGAAUCCCGACGAGUUCCGACCGGAUAGGUUCGACGCGGAUGUCCCGCAGACUCAUCCGUAUGCCUACAUCCCCUUCUCCGCCGGACCGAGGAAUUGCAUUGGCCAGAAGUUCGCCUUGCUGGAGAUGAAGAGCACCAUCAGCAAGAUGCUCCGCCACUUCGAGCUGCUGCCCCUGGGUCCUGAUCCCCGCCACUCGAUGAACAUCGUGCUGCGUUCCGCCAACGGAGUCCAUUUGGGCCUGAAGCCUCGCGCAGUUUGCGGUGCUUCAGAUAAGAUUGCCGGCUGCUCGAGAGCUCCCCAGUUCUCCACGUCGCGUCGCAGGGGUUAUAACAUGUUAGUCGCACUUCUGGCUACCUUUCUGGUAGCCCGCUUGGUGGCCUGGCUCUUCCGCUUGGCGCUGAAGGAGCUGCGGCACCCUUUGCGCAGUGUGGUGCCCAGUGUUUCGAGGAUUCCCCUCGUGGGGUCCGCCUGGCAGAUGCGCAGUUUCCGACCAGACAAUCUCCACGAGAAAUUCGCCGAGUAUGUCCAGCGCUUCGGUCGCAGCUUUAUGGGCUCCGUCAUGGGUCACGUGAUUGUGGUUACAGCCGAGCCGCGACAUUUGGAUGCACUGCUGCACAGUCCCCAGCAGCUGAGGAAGGGCACCAUGUACCUGGCUCUGCGUGGUUGGCUGGGCAACGGACUGCUCCUGAGCCGCGGAGAGGAGUGGCACACCAUGCGAAAGAUCAUCACGCCCACAUUCCACUUCAGCAUCCUGGAACAGUUUGUCGAGGUCUUUGACAGGCAGAGUAGCAGGUUGGUUGAGCGAUUGCAGCCCCUGUCGCGGGGCCAGCAGGCCGUAGACAUCUAUCCCUAUGUGGGUUUGGCUGCGCUGGACAUUAUAACCGAAACCGCGAUGGGGGUUAGUGUGCGCGCCCAAGGAGACGAGGAUUCCGAGGUGGUUCACGCUGUAAAAGAUUUGACAAACAUCCUGGCCACCAGGUUCAUGAGACCGCAUCUUCUAUUUCCCCAGCUCUUUCGGUUGUGCUGGCCCAGUGGCUUCAAGAAGCAACAAGCAGGCGUCCAGUGCCUGCACCAGUUUACCAAUAGGAUCAUAGAACAGCGCCGCAGCCUGCUGGCCAGGGAGGUCCACGCAGAUCAGCCGGAGAAGCGCCACGCCUUGCUGGACACCCUGCUGCGGGCCACUCUGGAUGGACAACCGCUGACGGACAAGCAAAUCCGCGACGAGGUGAACACCUUCAUCUUCGAGGGUCACGAUACCACGACCUCGGCUGUGUCCUUCUGUUUGUACAUGCUUUCCCGCCACGAGGCAGUGCAGCAAAGGCUCUUAGAUGAGCUGAGAAAACACUAUGGCCAGGAUUUGGAGAGGGGCGUGGUCCUCGCAGAUUUUGCAGCGCUUCCUUACCUAAACUGCGUGGUUAAGGAGUCGCUGCGACUGUUUCCGCCAAUCCCGGCAGUGGCCCGCUGUCUGGAAAAAGAUUUGGCCAUCGAUGGUGGCCUUAUUCCAGCGGGAACCAACGUCGUCAUACUCCUCUGGCAGCUCCUUCGAGAUGAAGCUCUCUUUUCCGAUCCCCUUCUGUUCCAGCCGGAAAGACAUCUCGGGGAGGAGUCCUCAAGGCUGGGAGCCUACAGCUACAUACCCUUUUCCGCUGGUCCGAGAAACUGCAUCGGCCAGAAAUUCGCGCUCCUUGAGAUGAAAACCAUGGUGAUCAAGCUGAUGCGACACUUUCAGCUGCUUCCAAUGGGCGCCGACGUGGAGCCCUCUAUCAAGAUUGUGCUGCGAUCGAGGAGCGGAGUUAAUUUAGCGCUACGACCCCGGCUGUGUUGAUAUUUUGUGAUUUUAGAAUAGAAGAGAUCUUACAAACAGCUGGCGCCAAUCCAGUUAAAAUUGAUACAAAAUAAAGUUAUCGAUAACAGGAAGAGCAA